AUGGUAUCCGGAAAAACAGUGUUUGUGCCAGAAGACGCUGCCAAGUUCGAGUCUUUUAAGCCUGCCAUCGAGGCUUACAACAAAGAUGUCAUCGAGCAAAUGGAAAAAUUCGAUCCAGAGUUCUACGCCAAGUGCGUGGCAGAAAUCCCUGCAGAGGAAGUCUUGGACUCGGAACCCAUCGACGCAACCAGCUUUUUGUCGCUUUUGUCUCCACAAGAACGCACAAUUGUUGGCGAUCUGACCAUCGAAGACCUCACCCAAAAACAGCUUUCUGGCGAGCUCACGGCCGUUGAAAUCACCCGGGCCUUCAUCAAGGCCUCAAUUGUCGCUCAGCUAACCACCAACUGUGUAAUGCAGUUUAUGAUCCCAGAGGCCCUGCAACGCGCCCAAGAACUUGACGAUUACUUGCAAACAAACAAGAAGCUUGUGGGACCAUUCCACGGUGUCGUUGUGUCACUCAAGGAACACAUCAACGUCAAGGACAGAAUCACCUGUGCCUCUUAUGUGUCGUAUUUGGAUAAUAUCGCACCAGAAGACGCAGCUUCCGUCAAAAUCCUGUACAAGAUGGGCGCGGUGUUCCACGCACGUACUGCUCAACCACAGGGUAUCAUGCAUCUCGACACUUGGAACAACAUCAACGGUAGAACCAGAAACCCACGUUCUACACGUAUGUCCCCCGGCGGUUCCUCCGGUGGUGAAUCUGCUAUAGUUGCCAUGAAUGGUUCGGUGAUCGGUGUGGGUAGCGAUAUUGGCGGAAGUAUCCGUGCCCCAGCUGCUUUCACUGACAUUUUCGGUAUCAGGCCAACCACCAGACGUAUCUCGUUGUAUUCCGGCGUUUCUUCCGGUAAGGGUCAGGAAUCCAUUGUAGCAGUUCAGGGUCCUCUUGCGAGAUCUAUCGAGGAACUAGACACUUAUAUGCGCGUUUACAUCAAUGAAGGUAAACCAUGGCUCUACGAUCCAACUUGCGUUCCUGUUGAAUGGCGUGAACCAAAGCUUCCAAAAAAAAUCAGAAUCGGAGUUCUGUAUGACGACAACUUGGUGACUCCUUUCCCAGCCAUUACUCGAGGUAUCAAAACCGCGGUGAACAAGCUUUCAGAGAACGCAGAAUUCGAAUUUGUCCACUUGAACCCUACGUGGUUUUCAGAAAAGGAGAUGGAAGACAUCUACACCACCAAUCUCAAACUUUACACCUGUGACGGCAACCAAGUGCAGAUGGAAAUGUGGUCCCCAAGUGGUGAGCCUCUAUUGCCACUCACUAAGCACUACAUGAAAUUCGGUGGCGGUGAAGCGUUGUCGUGUUAUGACAACAAGAUGUUGAAUGCUCAAAGAGAUGCAUUGAAAAUGAAAAUGUUCCAGAAAUACUUUGCAGAUGUCGAUUUUAUUCUAUCUCCAACUUACAACGGGCCUGCAGAAAUGGCUGCUGAAUCGUUGUACUGGGGCUACACCUCCUUCUGGAAUCUGCUGGACUAUCCAAAUGUUGUUUUCCCCGUAAAUGUUGCACACGAUGUCGAGAAAGAUGCCCAAAUCCCAGAAUUGAAGCAGAACAAAUACGAGAAAAUGGUGUGGUACAAGGAUAACGGAGAAAUCAGAUACGACCCCAAGAGCUAUAUCGGCGGGCCCGUGGCUCUUCAACUCACCGGUAACCGUUUUUGCGACGAGGAUGUUGUUGCCUUGACCAAGAAAUUUGUCGCAGCUCUAGGUGUUGAGAGACGGUAG